AUGGCUCUUUCCUCUUCAAUUACAGAUAUUGCAUCUUCCAAGGACUGCACCUAUAGCCGCAAGCAAAAAUCCCUCGGCCUCUUGUGCACCAAUUUCUUGAGCUUGUACGAUCGAGACACCGUCCACUUAAUCGGCUUGGACGAUGCCGCUGCUCGAUUAGGGGUCGAGAGAAGACGGAUCUACGAUAUAGUCAACGUUUUGGAGAGUAUUGGGGUCCUUGCCAGAAAGGCGAAGAAUCAAUAUACGUGGAAAGGUUUCGGUGCAAUUCCAGGGGCUUUGCUGGAGCUCAAGGAAGAGGGUUUGAGGGAGAACCCCAAUGUCUUCGAUGGUGGAAAUGACAAUGCAAAAGUGUCCGAUGACGACGACGACGAGGAAAUAUUAUCCAAUCCCAGUACUGGAAGUCAGAAUGGCGAUUCGAAUCCUCCUACUCUUGCUAGAUCUCUUAGAAAUGAUAAUCGAAGAGAAAAAUCUCUGGCGCUGCUUACACAGAAUUUUGUGAAGCUCUUUGUCUGCUCUAACAUGGACUUGAUCUCCCUUGACGAGGCUGCAAAAUUGUUACUUGGAGAUGCCCAUAACUCAUCAAUAAUGAGAACAAAAGUUAGACGCCUGUAUGAUAUUGCAAAUGUGCUAUCCUCCAUGAAACUGAUUGAGAAGACCCAUACGACAAAUACAAGAAAACCAGCAUUCAGGUGGCUGGGGUGUAAAGGGAAGAAAUGGAAUGAGUCACUUCACAACUCAAAUGUCAACGAGUCUAGGAAAAGGGCGUUUGGAAAAGAUAUCACAAAUAUCAGUUUUAAGAAUAAUAAAACGGAUUUAUUCAUGAAUGGGGACUUAGCCCAGAACCCUAAGAAGCAAAAACUGGAUAAUGGUAGUGACCUAGGUCAGGCGGAUAAAAGCAAUUUAGAACAAGGCUCAGAACAGGCUUCAAAGUGCUAUCAGUUUGGUCCUUUCGCUCCAGCCUACGUGACCAAAGUUGGAGCCUCUGAGAAUCGGGCGCAUGAUUGGGAGAGUCUCGCAACUGAGCAUCGCCCUCGGUAUGAAAACCAAGCAUUGAGAGAACUCUUCUUCCAUUACGUAGAAGCAUGGAAAUCGUGGUACGCUGAAGUCGCCGAGAAGAGGCCAUUGCAAAUUUUGUGA